AUGUUUCUGGGUGCCAGGUUCAAAAUGAACACCCCUUCCUGUAUCCCAAGACACAACAGAAAUAGUAGGAUGCUGCCCAGUGUAGAACCGAUAGUAUACGCAAAUGACAGGUUUUCCCGUGGCUGCAACUUGUUACAUGUUAGGGCAAGUUGGUGCUGA